AUGGUCGUCCUCGCAGCCUCCAUCUGUACCCGCGGCGGGAAAGCUGUCCUCUCCCGCCAGUUCAGGGAGAUGCCACGAUCGCGCAUCGAGGGACUUCUCGCCUCCUUCCCCAAGCUCGCCGACUCGGGAACCCAGCACACCACCGUCGAGCAGGACAAUGUCCGAUUCGUGUACCAGCCGCUGGACGAGCUCUACAUGGUCCUCAUCACCAACCGCCAGUCCAACAUUCUGCAGGACAUUGACUCUCUGCACCUCUUCGCCCAGGUUGUCACCAGCACAUGCCGAACCCUCGAUGAGCGCGAGAUUCUGAAGAACGCCUACGAGCUGCUCAGUGCCUUCGAUGAGCUCGUGACGCUAGGCUACAGGGAGAACCUCACCAUCAGCCAGAUUAAGACCUUCCUGGAGAUGGAGAGUCACGAGGAGCGGAUCCAGGAGAUCAUCGCGAGGAACAAAGAGCUCGAGGCCACCGAGGAACGCAAGCGCAAGGCGAAGCAGCUCGAGAUGCAGCGCAAGGAGACGGCGAGGACGGGCCGUGCUGGCGGUGGUAUGCCCAGGACCCCUGUGUACCCGACCUACACCCCACCUGCUCGCCCGACGACGACCGAUACGUACGACUCGUACGAGGCCGAGAAGAACAAGACGUUCAACAAGGCGAACGCCCCCAAGGGCAAGGGCAUGCAGCUGGGCAAGAAGUCCAAGACGACCGACAUGUUCGAGCGCGUGCGUGGCGAGAUGGGUGCCGAGGUCGAGGACAGCCCCCUGAUCGUGCCCGUCGUGCAACACGCCGCCGCCGAGCCCGCGGCCAUCCGCGCGAAGUUGUCCCGCGAGGGCGCCGUCAACUUCCUUCUUCUCAGCGGUGAUCUCACCCUCCGCAUCUCAGAUCCCAGCCUGACCAAGGUCAAGCUCAACCUCCAAGCCACACCAACCCAAGGCGCACAGUUCAGGACGCACCCCAACGUCAACCGCAACCUGUUCAACGACUCCAAGAUCAUCCAGAUGAGCAACGCGCGGCCGGCUUCCCCCGCCUGCCCCAUCACAUUUACCGUCUGGAUCAACAACGACGGCGGCAAGUACAACCUGACCGUCGAGUACGAGCUCACGGGCGGCGACCCUCUCACCGACGUCAGCGUCGUCAUCCCUUACCAGGCGAGCGAGCCCGUCGUGUCAAGCUUCGAUGCCGCAUACGACGUCUCUGGCGACACGGUUGAAUGGAACAUUGGCAGCGUGACGGAUGAGAACCCCAGCGGCUCCUUUGAGUUUGAGGCCGAGACGAACGACGAGAACGACUUCUUCCCCAUGACAGUCCGGUUCUCCAAGACAACGCCCUAUGUUGAUGUGGACGUAACGACUGUUUCGUUGCUGGACGAAAACGAAGACGUGACGUUCUCCAAGGAGAUCAAGUCGGUUGCAGACAACUUUGUCAUCGAGUAA